GUGAGCUACUGUGCAGUACUGAGGGUGUGGCCAAUGGACAUUUGACAAGGUAAAUCGGUUCAAGGCUACAAAGUCGGAAGACUCUAUAAAAGUUGGUACGGUAACUCCUGGAUAAGACUUCAAAAGUGGAUAAAGCAAUUGCGUUCAAAAAGUAGGGUUUCGCUGCACGCAAUAUUUUAACUCUACAACAAACAGCCUAUCAGUUUUGUAAGGACAUUCAGAAAUAAUUGCGACGGUAUGAGUGACAGUAAUGACAAGCAGACUCCGGUCGCAGAAAUAGGUACAGGAGAGGCAACGACGGAAGAUCUCGGAAGCUCGUUUACCUCCAAACGAUGGCAAUCGUCACUACUCGCUGACGAGCUUUCUCCAGUUCUUCAUAAACCUGAUAAUGGCGCUAAUUCAAUGGAUGAUGGGUUAUUCGUUGACCACGACUUUCCAAUGGGAGAUAUGCUUCUUCAACCCGCGAUGGAAUGGAGACGCCCAAAGGUAGCGCAGUAUGACAUUGUUAUAACGGUUAUAUUAAAAAAGAUAAAACAUUUAUACCAAUGCAUUAAUGAAAAUACUUAAUUUAAGUGGAAACCUAUCUCUUACAAAAGUGUAUGAAUAAAACCAUCGAACAUACCAUGUUAUGUAUAAUUGCAAUACACUGAGUGUGAUAUAUUUUUGCAUGGACAACGGGUGGACAGAUGUCUUUUCUGGACAGUUAUUUUCAAUGCAUGACAAAUGCAAGUUUUGAGGGUGUGUCAUAUACUGUACUUCUCUUCCAGGUCCUAUAGAUGUGCUAAGAAUCAUGCAUUUACAGACUUGUACUGACAACAGCCAUAACAAAACACCCACAGAUGCAUAUUAUAUUUGUUGGGUGGGCAAUGUUUGGUAUAGGGCCUAGCUUUUGUAACCCAAAACCAAAUGUCAAUGAAGUGGUGGUGAGAAACUCAGACAUUGGGACAAUGUUCUUCCAUCCUGGCCUUGAUCUACAGGGUGUGCAUCAAGCUCCUGAUUACUCAAUCAUAGGUGGGUACUAUUGAUUAUCAGAUGGAACAGAGAACCAGCAGGCUCCAGACCUCAUAGGGUAAGAGUUGAAUACCCCUGCUAUAGCACAACACUUAAUGAAUACAGGCCCUGGAUUGAAGACUACUGCAUUAGGGCAGGACUAGGUCAUAGUGAUUUUAUCUUCAGAAGGCUUAGCCAAUUGGCAAGCUGUCAUGGCUAAAUGUUAAAAAACACCCAGAACAAUGUUUCCAUACAUUAUGAACAUCCAAUCCCUGGACUGGACAGAGCCAAGUCUGUUUGGCUGGUUUUUGUCAUAAAGACACAAAGGUCUCCUUACCAACCUUAUACAUGUUGUAUUUGCUUUGUUACUCUCCAUUGAAGAUGGAGUCUUAGGUCAACAAUGCCUGUCACGGUAUAUCUAGGCACUUUUUUCAGUUUAUUUAUUUAUGGUAGGCCUAGUAGUGUUCAGUCAAUCAUAAAUAAACCAAACUGUGAAGGCAAAAGUUGUGAGUGAGGACAGCUGGGUUAAAGUCUCCACUACUUUAGAUAAUGUAAACAGAGUAGAUGUAUGUCCCUGGUAUGUGGUUAUCCAUUUCAUCUUACCCAGUAAAGGGGAAACUCAGCAAAAAGUUUGAGGCAUGUUGUGUUGCUUUCUCUCCCCAGGAUAUCUGCCCUUCAGCACAGUUCAUAGUGGAUGGAGCAACACGUAUGGACGUGUGUCAGGGAGUUCUGAGUAAGUGGAAUAUUCCAUAUGUAUGUUGACCGACGCAGUGGCUUUCCACCUGCUUCCUUACAUAUUAGGGCCCUAUUCAAUCCUCAUCGCAGAAGUUCAGCUUUACAGCGUGAUUGAAAUUUAAGGCCAUGUUCCCGCUUUAGUGGAAGCUUCAUUCACCGUAAAUGCUGCAUAUGUCUGCUCAAUCGGAAAUUACCUUAAUUUCUAUUGUGGAAUAUGUAACGCUUCAGCUUUUAAAAAAUGAAUAGAGCCCGUAGUCUUGUUUCCAGCCAUUGCAGUACCACAAUAAGCUGGGAUACGGUUGAUCUGUUUCCUUAUUACCCAACAUUUUCUCCCAAUGAUGUCAAAGUUCUACCCAAGAGUACAGAAUGGCUUUGACGUCAUUAAUUCAUUCUAUGUCUGACCUACUGUACAGUAAACGCCAGGUGGCCAUCAUCAAACUACUUACCCAGUGAAGUGAAUGUGAUAUAUAAUAUACCUUUACCUGUCCCUCUGUCCUUCCCUGCUCUCUGAUUAGAUGACUGCUGGUUCCUGUCUGCGGUGGCGUCCCUCUCCCUGCAUCGCCCGCUGUUGGAGCGGGUGGUGCCCAUGGGACAGAGCUUCCAGGAGGGUUACAACGGCAGCUUUACCUUCCGGGUCAGCCUCAGGACAUUAAACACACCUCAUUAGGCUGUACAGUAUUUGUCAAGGGUUAUUGAAUUUGCACUCCUGUAUAUAGGAGAUAUGGGCGAAUGACUAUUUAGUUGGAGUUUGUUGAUGCCCAUCUCUGAGAUAAAAAUUAAAACCUGUAUGUGUCUGUCUGUCUGUCUAUAGUUCUGGCAGUACGGCGAGUGGAAGAAGGUGAAGGUUGAUGACCUGCUGCCUACGCAAAAGGGCAAGCUGAUCUACCUGUGCUCCUCAGAGAAAAGAGAGUUCUGGAGCGCUCUGUUGGAGAAGGCCUACGCCAAGUCAGUGUCUGUCUCUGCGAUCUUUGGUGUUCUAUGCAUGCGGUUUUAUUUUCUGCUAUCCUGUCUCAUACACACACACACUGUCUUUGUGUAUGAGGUUGGAUGCAGAAGCAAAGGAUUUGAUCUUUUAAUUCUGUGUUUGUCUAGAACUGCAUGUCAACAUCAUUCUAUCUUGUCAGUGUGAUUACAUCCUCUUGCUUUGAAGUUGCAUAAGGCCAAAGUCGAUGAUACCAGGAUGUACCAGUGUGUCCGCUGCACUGGAAUGCUGCUCUGGACUCUGACCACGGAACUUACCUGUUGGGAUUCACUGUCUCUGUCAGGCUGAAGGGGGGAUAUCAGGCCCUGAACAUGGGCUUCCCCCACGAGGCCAUGGUGGACAUGACUGGCGGUAUGACGGAGGUGCUGACUGUGGCUUCUCUGCCCAAGGACCUGGCAGCCUUCCUCAAGCCCCUUCUGGCCAAGGGAGCCCUCAUCAACUGUGCCAACUGCCAGGUGAGUGUGUGUGUACUGUUUCUGGGGAAGUUACAGGGGACGUAGUGAUGAAACCUAGGUGCCAAGCUCAUCUUUCUGAUGGAAUAAUUAUUUUGUGUAACCUUUUCUAUGUGCAUUUUGAUUCAAACCCACUCCUAUCAUUGUAUCAGUGAGCAGAAUACGGUGGUAUAACCAUCUGUUCUACAUUGCUUACACAUUGACAUAUUUUGUGUGUGCGUGGGUUGAUUUUCCCACAGGGCCCCCUUGAGCAGAGAAAUGAGUUUGGAAUCCUGUUCAGACAUGCGUACUCUUUAACCGGGCUUGAAAAAGUAAGACUACCCCCUCUGCUGGAUACUAAGCACUGUCAAAUUCACUCUCAGAUUCAUGACCGCACACCAAGGCCAAUAGUAUCCAAAGCCACCAGCUAAAACCUGCACACGUACAGAGGUUUUGGGUUUCCUGUGUUUAAUAGUCAAAUAGGUUUUCAGUUUGGGUGACUCUCUGUCUCCCCCACUCCUCCACUCCCUCAGGUGAAGACAAAGUUUGAGACUGUGGAGCUGGUCCGUGUUCACAACCCCUGGGGAAAGACAGAGUGGGAGGGACCCUGGAGUGACAUGAAUGGGUUAGCUAACUAUUAACCCAUUAAUCACGCCAUUACCACUGUGUGUGUCUGUGUGUUUGGGGCAGGUUCCUCAGUGUGUUUGUCUGUUCAAAGGCCUGAGUGGAGUCAUGUUUGUGAGGAGGAGCAGAAGCGUCUGGACAGGGUUCAGAAGGAGGAUGGGGAGUUCUGGUAAGUGGACCUCUCUCUUCAUAGACUCUCACUUUGUGCCUCCAUACUUCACAUGUUCUCAUAUAUUAAUAACCUCUCUCUCUUUACUGUCUGUCUGUCUCUCCCCCUAUCUCUUUCUCCUUCUCCCUCUCUCUCCCUCAGGAUGGCGGUGUCAGACUUCCGUCAGAACUUUGAGUCGAUGGAGGUGUGUCACCUGAGUGAGGAGACCCUGAGCGUGCCGGGCGCCACACAGAGACCAUGGAACUGCACAAUGCAUCAUGGGAGCUGGGUACCACACAUCUCCGCCGGGGGUUCUCGCAGAGGGGGUAAGAAAAGGCACAAUCCUACUGACACACACACACACACACCACAACUCUGACAUAACAAAUAAUUCAGUCAUACAUAAUCAGAGAAUAAUAGAUUGAUAUCCAUGUGUGUGCCUUAUUGUACAUAAAUAUUUAGUAUUGCACAUACAUAUUUAGUAUUGUACAUAAAUAUUUAGUAUUGUACAUCAUCUUUAUGUACUGGAUAUGUGUGUCCAGUCUGGUUCUGGCAGAACCCUCAGUUCCACUUGACCCUGUUGGAGGAGGACGAUGACCCCAGUGACCCUGAGCUGACCUGUUCCUUCCUGGUGGCCCUCAUGCAGAAGCACCAGAGACUCAGAGGAGUCCACCUGGGCAUCGGCCUGGAUAUCUACAAGGUACACACACGCACGCACCUGCACAUGAAUGUAUGCACACAUACACAAACACACCCAACAGGAAAUACAACCAGAGUAGAUUUAAAUGAGCCACAAUAAAUAUGACAGAGAAAAGAAGAGAGGAAGUGAGGGAAUAUUUGAGUGUGGCAGCAUAUUUCUCAGUGUGGAAAUGUGUGUACACACUACAGUAUCUACCCCUUUCUUCCCAGGCAUGCUCAGAGUGUGCUUACCUGUCCUCUCUGGACCUGAGCUUGCUCCGCCCACUCAUCAGCACCCAGGGUUACGUCCAGCGAACAGAGCUGGUGAUUCGUGGUCGCCUGGCGCCCGGCCAUUAUGUCAUCAUCCCUUCCACCGCGGAGACCAAUCAGCAGGGAGAGUUCAUCCUGCGGGUGUUGACAGAAAAGGGCAACGAUGCAUCGUGAGUGGAUCAGUCCAUGACUGGAGGUUGGAGGAAGAGUUACCUAUGAUAUAUGUUAAGGUAUCAGGGCAUUCAGUCAAGAAAAGGCUCUCUAAAUUACACUGAGUUUACAAAACAUGAGGAACACACACUCUUUCCAUGACAUAGACUGACCAGGUGAAUCCAGGUGAAAGCUAUGUUCCCUUAUUGAUGUCACUUGUUAAAUCCACUUCAAUCAGUGUAGAUGAAGUGGAGGAGACAGGUUAAAGAAGGAUUUUUAAGCCUUGGGACAAUCGAGACAUGGAUUGUGAGUGUGUCAUUCUGAGGGUGAAUGGGCAAGACAAAAUAUUUAAGUGCCUUUGAACGGGGUAUGGUAAUAGGUGCUAGGUGCACCGGUUUGAGUGUGUCAAGAACUGCUUCACUGCUGGGUUUUUCACACUCAACAGUUUCCCGUGUGUAUCAAGAAUGGUCCACCACCCAAAGGACAUCCAGCCAACGUGACAACUGUGGGAAACAUUGGAGUCAACAUGGAUCAGCAUCUCUGUGGAAUGCUUUCGACACCUUGUAGAGCCCAUGCCCCAACGAAUUGAGGCUGUUCUGAAGGAAAAAGGGGGGGUGCAGCUCAAUAUUAGGAAGGUGUUCCUAAUGUUUUGUACACUCAGUGUAUAUGUUAUGUUAUCCACCAAUGAAUAGGUCUGUUUCUCAAGUUAAACCAUAUGAUUCUGUAUUUUCUUUGUGUUUGCAGGCCAGCUGAGAAGCCCGGCACUGAUGAAAGCCCUACACAGGUAGAAGUCAUGGCAUGCUAUUGAAGUCCAAAGUAUCCACAAUCCAUCACCCCCUGUUGAGUAUUUGUGAUAUGACUAAAUGGAUGAUCCUGUGUGUUUCACUGUGGAUCUCCCUCUUGCAGCCCUCCUUUCCACACAUGUCGGCUCUGCCCUCUCCUGAAGCCACACGACAGCUCUUUAAGAAGCACUGCAACAAGGUGAGAUAACGCCACCACCUCCAUGUAGUAGGUUCCAUGUAAACUGUUCUAUUCUAGCCUAAGAUAUGCAAUAUUUACUCUCUUUUUUUUAAACCUCCCAACAGAAAGGGGAGUGUCGACCUUUGGAGCUUCUCAACCUGCUAACAGAGGCCAUAAAAUGCGGAGGUAAGGGUUUGUGUCCAAACACACCUUUGAUUACCUUGUACACACUUACCCUUUACAACAGCUUGUUAUAAUGGCAUCUGUCAUCCAGUAGCCAUUGCCUCGCCCACAUGCAUCUGGGAAAUUCUGGAAAACUGUACGAAUCCCUCUACUGAUUUAGUAGUCUUCCAUAAGCCAUAACUACUGUGGGAACAUUUAGGAAGUAGUGAUGUCACUGCAGGAGGAAGUCUUAACUGUUCCUAACUGAUGUUUUGUCUGUGUGGCUUCCUGCUCUCUUCCUGGGCUGUGGCCUGCAGUGCUGGCGGGGAGCGAGAAGAAGCUGGUCCUGGAGCACUGCAAGAGCUUUGUGGUCCUCAUGGAUGUAUCCUUUCUCUUGGGGAAAGAAAUACAUGUAUGGCUGAACCAGUGUGCAUCAUGUCUCAGCAUGGCUAUAUGGUCAUUAGUUGAUAUAGAUCAAUAACCAUGUUAAUAUAGGUUAAAUGUAUGCCAGAUUCUGGUGUAGCGGUCUAAGCUCACAUGUGCCCCCUGGCGAUGGGUGUUCGAGCCUCGGCUAGGCCGACUGUUUGAAGAUCAUAGUUCCCAUAAAAAAGGGCUAUGUAAUGUGUAACGUUACAAAAAUGCCAUGUAUGUACAUAGACAUACAAAGGUAGGGUAACUUGUCCACCAUGACCUCACUUGGUCUGCUGAUCUACCAAUACCUUAAUUUUGCCAUGCAUUUUUGAUGGACCAUUUCCUUGACUGCGGUGUCAACCCAGAGUCGGGGGUUAGCUCAGCUAGACUGGCAGGGGUUCCAGGCACUGUGGGACAAGAUCAGGAAAUGGACGGUAAGGUCUAAACCAUACUAAGCCGUAUAUCAGUGGAAGGUUUAAUCAUUUUGUUCUUUCAAUAUGAUGAGAAGAUUGGACAGUAGUUUGAUUGGCUAAAGCAUGCUUUGUGUCUUUGAAGUCGCAUUGUGAUUGGCUAAAGGAAAUAUAAUAGUGACUUGUGUCUUCUGAUUCAGUCAUGUGUCACUGAGCUAAUUCAAUCAUACGACCCGUUCCGAAGCAUGUGAAGUGAUUUGAAUUAUAUUUGUCUGAAAAUAUUAUUCAGUCAUGCUGGUCUUGAUCUUCCACUUAACAGGAUAUAUUCAUGACGUUUGACAAGAACAAAUCCCAGUUGCUGGAGUACCCUGAAGUCUCACCUGCCUUGAAAGCUGCAGGUAGAACACACUUAUGAUAUGACAAGCUUCCAUUGGUGCCUUUUAGGGGGCGCCAAAACACCACUCUUCAUGUUCGGUCCUUAUUGGUCCAUAUGAACAGUAUGCCAACAGCAUUUACAGUGCUGAAACAGCAGGGAAUGUGGUUGAACAUCAAUUGAUCUGUGCUCGUCUGGUCUGGUCUGGUCUAGGCAUGCGGGUGGAUGACUUCGUCCUGCAGCUGAUCGGCCUGCGCUACACAGAGCCGGACAUGACAAUCAGUUACCCCGGUUUCCUUUACCUGCUGAUGAAACUGGACAGCAUGAUCCGUAAGUGAGGGCAGAGGUGUAGAGAACGGUGUGGUCCAACAAGGGCUGCAAAUAGGAAUUUAGGAAGACUAAUUGAUGUGGGAUUUAAAAUGAGUGAAGAGAAAUACAAGCGAGAUUGAGAUGUUACUUUUGGGGUGCACUUUUUUUAUUUCUUUAUUUUUUAAUAAUUAUCAUGCAAAAGCAAAAUGUGUGGGGGUGGGGGAUGUGCAUUUGUAUGUAGGCUAAUUGGUCUAAUUCAUCAUGUUCGCUCCAUUCACAGAUAAAUUUCAAGCCUAUGACAUUGUGGGAAUGGGGACCAUAUCAGUCAGCUACAGACAGGUAAGAGCACACAGGACACAGAUUAUCAAAACCCACUCUUUUUCUCACAGCCUAGUAAACAUGCAGAAUACGGCAGACUUAAAAUGAAUGAAAAAACAGCUUUUGCAUAUGAUCACACAUGCCAUAAUGGCCUGGACAGCCAUUUAAUGAAAUAUUGAUUUGUUGUGUCUCACCUUUUUUCUGUUUGUAGUGGCUCCACAUGACGAUGUACAACUGACCCGCUCUCAUUGAAUUUCAGCCCCUCCUCCGCCGAUUCAACUGGUUUUUGUUGCAGCAUUGUUUUAAAUUAAAAGUUUUAUAGUAGAUUUAUUUUGCAAUAAAGACUUUCAGUUAUUUGUGCCGAACAUCAGAUUUUAGUCAUUCCAUAACAAUACUAUGUCAUCAUAGCAACUAAGUGCAUGCUGUCAUUCUGUUUAACUUUCUGUUGCCUCCUUUUCAGCAGACUGAAUAAGUGUAGAGAAGUGGACUUGGACACGGAACGUUUUGAGAAAUGUAUGUUCUGCAGAGAGACCUUGACUUUUGGUAUGUGUAAAUAUCCGCUUUGAAGCAUCACACUCUAUGGACGGUCUUGAUAUAAGAAUAGUCAAAAAAGCACAUACCAGACCCAGGGGGACUGUGGCAAACUUUCAAGCAAUUUCCUGUUGUGCUUGUGUUAAAUAACUCAGAAGCUAAAAUUCGAGCUUGAAGAAGUACAGCUCCUCAUUUUGUACUCUUCUCAACACACACACACACCCAGACUUAUUAAACAAUCUUGAAUAACUGAAAUUAGGAUCAAUAAACAUUGAUAUCAAAGGAGAACAGCUGCAGAUGCACACAAGCACACCUUGAAUGAAUUGUCC